AUGGGCGACUCCGACGCACACAUCCGCAACGCCAUAAACCGCGGUCUGAUCCCCGGACCGCGUCUCUUCGUGGCCACAAAAGUCCUAGCGAGCACCGGCUCCUACGAGCCACGCACCGAAAGCGAACACACCUGUCUCCCCGCGGGCGGUGAAGCCGUCGACGGCGUUGAAAGCGCUCGAGUAGCUGUUCGUCGCCGUAUCGCCGCCGGUGCGGAUGUAAUCAAGUUCUUCGCAGACUACCGACGGCGCGUGAUGCGGUAUCCGCCCGCGCAACAACAUCCGUAUAUCCCGAAUGUGCUGCACCUGCCUGAGGAGCCGAAUCCGGAUAUUUUGGUGUUUGAACAGACGGAGAUGGAUAUGAUUGUGAGUGAGGCAAAGUUGGCGAAGUGUCCUGUUGCGUGUCAUGCAGGGACGGUUGAGGGGGCGAUUAUGGCGGUUAAGGCCGGAGUGAGUACGAUUGAACAUGCGUAUUUUGGGAAUGAUGAGCUGUAUAAUCUUAUGAGGGAGAGUGGGUGUGUUUUUGUGCCUACUUUGACGGUGUGUGAGGAGAUUCAUGCGAAGAGGUAUGGGGAGAUUAAGGUGCAAGCGAAAAGAGCACAUGAGCUUGGAGUGCGAUUGGCGUGUGGUGGAGAUAUCGGUCCAGUACAUCACGGAGCAAAUGCCAGAGAAAUGGAACUCAUGAUUGACGCUGGAAUUCCUCUCGGGGACGUCCUCGAAUCAUGUACAGUCGGGGGAUGGGAAUCUGUCGGCAAAGAUCUUUGUGGAUUGAAAUUCGGCUGGUUUGAGAAAGGCGUCAGAGCGGAUAUAAUUGCACUGGAAACAGAUCCACGUGAAGAUAAGCUGGCCCUGAGGAAGGUUGAUUUUGUCAUGAAAGAUGCUCAUGUUUGGAAACGUGAUGGAGUGGCUGUCAAUAUGAUUCAAGAUAACUUCUUGUGGCCGGAGAAAUUUAGAGUAUAA